AUGUAUGUAAAUCUCUAUCUUUCUGUCUGUCACUUUCUAUCCAUAUCUAUCUAUCUAUCUAUCUAUCUAUCUAUCUAUCAGUCAUGUCCUCUUUACCUAUCUUCAUAUCUUUAUCUAUCUAUCUAUCUAUCUAUCUAUCUAUCUAUCUAUCUAUCUAUCUAUCUAUAUGCCCAAUGUAACUGUUCAUAUCUCUCCAUAUCUAUCUACUAUCCAUCAAAAGGAAUCUAUAUUUGUAUCUGUCUAUCCGUCUGUCUAGAUAUCUUCACCUUUCUCUCUCUCUCUCUCUCUCUCUCUCUCUCUCUUCCCUAUCUUUCUGUCUGUCACUUUUUAUCCAUAUCUAUCUAUCUAUCUAUCUAUCUAUCUAUCUAUCUAUCUAUCUAUCUAUCUAUCUAUCUAUCUAUCAGUCAUGUCCUCUUUACCUAUCUUCGUAUCUAUCUUAUAUCUAUCUAUCUAUCUAUCUAUCUAUCUAUCUAUCUAUCUAUCUAUCUCAUUCUUUUCAUUAUCUAUCUAUCUAUCCAUCUAUCUAUCAGACCUUUUUCAUAUCUAUCUAUCUAUCUAUCUAUCUAUCUAUCUAUCUAUCUAUCUAUCUAA